CUUAAGAAAAGCCAUAACCCCCCACCCCUACUCCCGAAAACCAAUCCCAACCUAACCGGGUCGACCCGUUACCUUCCAAAUCGUCUUCUUCUCUUUCCUCUCCCCUUCCUUGAUACUUCCCAUAAAUUCAUUGCCUUACAACCAAAUUCAAUCAUGAUAAUCUCGAGUUGAAUCAAAUUUCCUCUAGAAUCAUAUACCUUCGAGUUGAUCAUUGAUCAACCGUCUACUCUAAUCCCAACUUCUAAUUAACAGGUACUGCGACGUAGGCAUCAUCAUCUUGUUAUUUCAUUUCAGAAUAAAGCAGGUUUCGCCGUUGUCUGUUGUAUAAGCAAAGAUGUUUUCGAAGAUAUUUGGGAAACCCAAGCAGGAAACUAAUGCUCUUGCGACUCUUGACAAAUUAAACGAGACUCUGGAGAUGCUUGAGAAGAAGGAGAAAGUGCUUCAGAAGAAGGCUUCUGCAGAGGUUGAGAAGGCCAAAGAUUUUACAAGAGCAAAGAACAAAAGAGCGGCAAUACAAUGUUUGAAGAGGAAGAGGCUCUAUGAACAACAAAUUGAGCAGCUUGGCAAUUUCCAGCUUCGCAUCCAUGAUCAGAUGAUAAUGCUAGAAGGUGCAAAAGCUACAACUGAAACUGUUGAUGCUUUGAGAACUGGAGCAUCCGCAAUGAAAGCAAUGCAGAAAGCAACGAAUAUUGAUGAUGUGGACAAGACAAUGGAUGAAAUAAAUGAACAGACUGAGAAUAUGAAACAAAUACAGGAGGCUUUGGCUACUCCAAUUGGUGCAGCAGCUGAUUUUGAUGAGGAUGAAUUGGAGGCUGAACUUGAAGAGUUGGAAGGUGCUGAAUUGGAAGAGCAGCUCCUUCAACCAGCAACUACUGCCCCUGAUGCACCAAUCCAUGUUCCUGCGGGGAGGCAACCUGCUCGGCCCAUUCCUCAGAGGCGUACAGCUGAGGAAGAUGAACUUGCUGCUUUGCAAGCAGAGAUGGCUCUUUGAGCUAGUCCCUCUUUUGUUUUAACCGAUAUUAUCACGGGUAGCUUACAUAUAUAGACUGGUUGUACGCAUGCAUGAGACUACUGCAAUUACUUUCACAUGCGAGAGACUACUGCAAUUGCUUUCACAUGCGAGAGACUACUGCAAUUGCUUUCACAUGCGAGAGACUACUGCAAUUGCUUUCACAUGCGAGAGAUCUAUGUCGGUUAGUAGGACUAUGUACAUAAUUGUGUUGCAGAAAAUGGUGAAUUCCAUGAACAUCAGAAUUUAUGGUUCAUGCUUAAGUGAAUCUUAUGUUCACUACGUCCCUUUUUUCUUAAACAAAAUUAAGAAUCUCCUUUGUAAUCUUGUACCAUCUCAGAAGGAUGAUUAUAUGAAAUGUUUUGUCUGCUUCUGCAAAUUGGUGAUUGAA